AUGCCAUCUGCUAGCUUACUUCUCUCAGCGAAGAGACUCAAUGCUUCAAGGUUUCAAAAACUCAUUUGUUCAUUGAACAAAUCCACUAUCGCAGGAUUUGCAUCCAUACCUUUAAGGGCUCCACCUUCUGUUACUUUCACGAGAAGGAAAGUUGGCUACUCAAGGAGAUACAUUUCAUCUACUAAUGACUCUUCAGCUACUAGAUCCACUGUCAUCCAACUGUUGAACAAUAUAAGUACAAAGAGAGAAGUCGAACAAUACUUGAAGUACUUCACUUCUGUUUCGCAACAACAGUUUGCUGUAAUCAAGGUAGGUGGCGCUAUUAUUAGCGAUAAUCUGCACGAAUUGGCUUCCUGCUUGGCCUUUUUGUAUCAUGUCGGUCUAUAUCCAAUAGUUUUGCAUGGUACCGGUCCUCAAGUUAACGGUAGACUAGAGGCGCAGGGAAUUGAACCAGACUACAUCGACGGUAUCAGAAUCACAGAUGAGCACACAAUGGCUGUGGUUAGACAAUGUUUUUUGGAACAAAACCUUAAACUGGUGACAGCUCUAGAGCAAUUGGGAGUCCGUGCAAGGCCUAUCACCUCUGGCGUUUUCACUGCUGACUAUUUGGACAAGGACAAAUACAAACUAGUCGGAGACAUUAAAGGUGUCACAAAGGAACCAAUAGAAGCGUCAAUCAAAGCUGGAGCGUUACCAAUCCUGACUUCUUUAGCCGAAACUGCUUCAGGCCAAAUGUUAAACGUCAACGCUGAUGUAGCGGCUGGUGAAUUAGCUCGUGUUUUUGAACCAUUAAAAAUUGUCUACUUGAAUGAAAAAGGCGGCAUUAUCAAUGGUUCUACCAGCGAAAAAAUUUCGGUGAUCAACUUAGAUGAAGAAUAUGACGAUCUAAUGAAGCAAAACUGGGUUAAGUAUGGCACAAAAUUGAAAAUUAGAGAAAUUAAAGAAUUAUUGGAUUAUUUGCCACGUUCUUCUUCAGUUGCUAUCAUUAAUGUACAAGAUCUGCAAAAGGAACUUUUCACGGAUUCUGGUGCUGGUACUAUGAUUAGAAGAGGUUACAAGUUGUUGAAGAGGUCAUCCAUUGGUGAAUUUCCAUCCCCUGAUGCUUUGAGAAAAGCUCUUCAGCGAGACCCUGACAUUGCAUCCGGUAAAGAAUCUGUUGCUUCCUAUUUAAGAGACUUAGAAAACUUCGAUUUCGUCUCGUAUGCUGAUGAACCUCUUGAAGCUGUGGCAAUUGUCAAAAAAGAGACAAAGGUUCCCACAUUGGACAAAUUCGUCUGUUCCGAUGUAGCCUGGUUGAAUAAUGUCACUGAUAAUGUAUUCAAUGCUUUACAUCGUGAUUUCCCUGCUUUACAGUGGGUAGUAAAUGAGGAUAGUGUGAACAUUGCGUGGCAUUUUGACAAGUCUCAAGGCUCAUAUUUGAAGAAUGGAAAAAUUCUGUUCUGGUAUGGUAUUGAUGAUAUAAAUACAGUAUCCGAGUUAAUUGAGACAUUCGUUAAAUCUUUUGAUACUGCUUCUUGCUCCACUCCAUCAACAAGUAACGGGGUGUUUGCUAGUGGAAAAUCUAUCAGAUCAUACUCCACUAGAUCUACUCCUCGCCCAGAGGGAUAUAACACUAGUAUAGGUCGUGUUGCGCUCAUUGGCGCUAGGGGGUACACUGGUAAGAAUUUGGUUUCAUUGAUCAAUGGUCAUCCCUAUUUAGAAGUGACCCAUGUAUCGUCCCGUGAAUUGAAAGGUCAAAAGCUGCAAGAUUAUACAAAAUCUGAAAUUAUAUACGAAAAUUUGCAAGUACAGGAUAUUAAGAAAUUGGAAAAACAGAAUGCUGUGGACUUCUGGGUGAUGGCGUUACCGAAUAAAAUCUGCGAACCUUUUGUCGAGACAAUUCAAAGUGUCCAUGGUAAAUCUAAAAUCAUUGACUUGUCGGCUGAUCAUAGAUUUGUCUCGGAAUCGGACUGGGUUUAUGGUUUACCAGAGUUGAACAAUAGAGACAAAAUUGCCGAUGCUACUAAGAUUUCCAACCCCGGCUGUUAUGCCACCGGAUCACAAUUAACCAUUGCUCCCUUAACCAAAUAUAUCAACGGUCUUCCAACUGUUUUUGGUGUUUCAGGAUAUUCUGGUGCCGGUACGAAGCCUUCUCCAAAGAAUGAUCCUAAGUUCCUGAACAAUAACUUGAUUCCUUACGCAUUAAGCGAUCAUAUCCACGAACGUGAAAUCUCAACUCGUAUUGGACACAACGUUGCAUUCGUGCCUCAUGUCGGGCAGUGGUUUCAGGGAAUUUCCUUGACGGUCUCCAUUCCAAUAAAGAAGGGAUCGCUGUCUGUUGACGAAGUCAAGCAAUUAUACAAAGACUUUUAUCAAGAUGAAAAGCUUGUCCAUGUCACUGAUGAUAUUCCACUAGUUAAGGAUAUUGGAGGCACGCAUGGCGUAGCUAUUGGUGGUUUUAAGCUGAACGAUGCCCAAGAUCGUAUAGUGGUCUGUGCAACGAUUGACAACUUACUAAAAGGUGCUGCCACCCAAUGUCUGCAGAAUAUUAAUCUUGCUAUGGGCUAUGGAGAAUACUCUGGUAUUCCCGAAGACAAAAUUAUUGGUAACUGA